ACCCAAAGACUACCAGCAUCUGUUUUUUUAAUUCCACAUUCAACAUUUAAAGAGAGAGAAAGAGAGAGAGAGAAAAAAAAAGAAAAAGAAAAUAGAAAUGGAAGGAGGUGUAGUGAAAAUGGACAGAUGGGGAUACGAGAUCAACACGUCUUCUGAUGAUUGCAUCUCUGCUAUAAACUCCUAUUAUCACCAGGUACUUAGUUACGGAAGAAAGCGGUCUGUAAUUCUGGAGGCACUGGCUCACGACCCACACUGCGUUUUGGCCAACACUUUGGCGGCUCACUUCCUCUGCUCCUCCUCCGAUCACUCCCGUACUCCUUUCCAUCUUCAAGCAGCCAAAUCCCGACUUGAUCAAGCUACUUUGUACGAGAAAUCGGUUUUCGAAGCCAUCAGCUGUUUGAUUUCGGGCGACAGAGAUGACGAUGUCGCUUUCGAUUUACACCUCAAGCUAUUAAAAGAGUUCCCGAAAGAUUUGGCAUCUCUGAAGCGGGCUCAAGUGCUCUCUUUUUACAUGGGUCAACCUGAUCUAUCUUUGCAUCUUGUUCAACAGGUUCUACCACAAAAUCAGGAAGAAAAUUAUGUAUAUGGCAUGCUUGCCUUUCCUUUAUUAGAGCUUGGUCGAAUGGCAGAUGCAGAGAAAGCUGCGAAAAAGGGAUUCGAGAUUAACAAAGAAGAUUGCUGGGCACAACAUGCUCUAUGUCAUGUCCUUCAGGCUGAGUGUUGUUUUAAGGAAGCAGUUAGGUUCAUGGAAGAAUGCUCACAAUCAUGGAGUUCUUUGUCCGCUUUUAUGUACACACACAAUUGGUGGCAUGUAGCUCUUUGUUAUUUGGAAGGCCAUUCUCCCAUGAGAAAAGUCCUCGAAGUUUAUGAUCAUUGUAUCUGGAAGGAAUUAGAAAAAAGUGAUACAAUGCCUCCUGAGGUGUACUUAAAUGCUCUUGGUUUGUUAUUACGGGUGUAUGUACGGGGUGAAAUUGAUUUCUUUGGGGACCGUCUGCAGAUUUUAGCAGGUUGUGUGAAAGAUCAAGCCUUUUGGUAUUUGGAGUGGCACCUGGAUUCAUUGAUAUUAUGGGCGUUAGCUUGUACAGGAGAACUUGCUAAAGCUGAAGAUUUACUCACGGGCUUGAAAUCCAGAUUUUCUUUGAUGAGGAAGAAGAAGCAACAACGGAUGGAGAAAGGCAUGCGGCUUGCAGAAGCCUUAUACGAGUAUGGGAAAGGUGACUCCAAACAGGCAUUGGAAUUGCUUGGUCCAGAUUUUGAUGCUAACCGCUGUAAGAUGAUCGGCGCGUCUGAUGAACAACUUGAUGUCUUUAAUGAAGUUUGGUACAGUAUGCUUCUGAAUACCGGACAAGCUGGGAAGGCAAUCGAUGUCCUUGAGAAGCAGGUUAAGAAGAGGGAAGGAGUUCCAUUCUUGUGGCGCCUGAUGGAGAGAGGUUAUUCCAUGUUAGGGAAGCAAGAAGCUGAAGUUGCAGGCGAGAAAGCGAAGGCUUUAGAGACUGCGUACUUCGAAUAGUUCCCAGCUUCAGUGCUUGUAAGAGGACAUAAUACUCUGACCAUGUAAUAUCUUAUGUUACAUGUAAUCUGAAUAAAUUUGUUAUAUCACCACACUUAUGUCUCGAUGUUCUUCGCUUUGACCAAUAUCUAAAUAUUUCAUCAAAUAAUAGGCUCACGGACUCGUGAUCCAUUUUACUAGUGUUUCUCAACGUUACUUGUAUGUAAAAUAUAUUGAUCCUCCCUUAAACAUUCACGCCAUGUGACCUGGUUAACGUAUUUCUCCAUUGUAGCAAGCUAUGGAGGGCAAGUUGAUUUUUGUAGAAA